CUCCACCCCCAGACCUGAACGCACCAAAAAAAAUGACUUUUAUCCAGAGUGCGCCCCGGCGCUGCGCUGCGCUCCUCUUAUCUCCAGGAACAGCACGGAGCGCGUACGCACUGCGGACUUUUGCCCUCCGGCUUUGAUAAGUGAAGAUAAACCAAACAGGCGUCAGAGCAACUCGAGCAUGUUUUCGCCAAAGUCGCCGAAAAGUAUCUCCAAGUAUGUCUCCAAGACGUCUCCCGGCGCCGAGGAGCAGAUCUGUAUGGUUGAAUGUGGAUGUAAGCCGGAGUGCACCUGUAGUAUCCACAGCGCCGAGGGCAGCCGGAGACACUGCGCGCCAGAGUUCAAGACGAAUGGCCCUGACAAUCAGAAUCAAGGCUUUGACAACUUGGCCUACGAGUAUGGGAGUUCGAGUGAACUCUACCCUUUACCCAAAACUGCCUCCAGAGCGACUUUCAAACUCCAGGGACUCACCGCCGAGCACCAGGCCCAAGCCAUCGAAAGCAGAAUCUGCCGUCUGAAUGGACUACUCGCUGCCAGCUUGUCUUUAACCAGCAGCUUGGCCAAAGUGGACUAUGAUACCUCAGUUAUUACAACCAAAGAGAUUGCCCUGGAGCUCCAGACCAUGGGAUUCAAUGUAGAGUCAGCGGUGCGGAUCGGGGUGGAUGGCAUGCACUGCCAGUCCUGUGUGCAGUCCAUUGAGGGACAGAUUGGCCCUUUAUCUGGGGUUUCACAUAUUCAGGUGUCCCUUGAAGACAACACAGCACUGAUUGUGUAUCAACCUCUUCUAGUUACACAACAGGAGCUGAGAGACAAGAUUGAGGAUAUGGGUUUUGGUGCCACUUUACUAACUGAUGAUCCACCGGGUCAAGAUAUAAGCUACUGGCAGAGAGACAUAUUAAAUUCGUCAAUCCAGACCGUUACCAUUUGGAUUGUAGGGAUGACUUGCAACUCUUGUGUGCAGUCCAUAGAAGGGAGGAUGUCUCAGACGACAGGAGUGCAGUCUAUAGUGGUGUCACUGAAGGAGGAAAAGGGAACAAUAACCUUUGACCCCAGGCUGACGGAGCCAGAGCAGCUCAGGGCGGCUAUCGAGGAGAUGGGCUUUGACGCAUCACUUGAAGAAUCUGCAAAGAGUCAUGAAAAGUCCAGGCCUGUUACUUCUGUACGUUCUGACUUGCAAUCACCCGAUAAGCUGGGAGUCAGCAAUGGCACUGGAUCACCGCCAGCCUCUGGAAACGAGAUUAAAGUGCAAAAAUGCUUUAUUUGUGUUGUGGGAAUGACGUGCGCCUCCUGUGUGGCCAACAUUGAGAGGAACCUGCUCAAACACAAGGGAAUCAUCACGGUGUUGGUGUCACUCAUGGCUGGAAAAGCCGAAGUAAAGUACGAUUCAGACCUCAUAAACGCUGCUGCUGUUGCUCAGCUCAUCGAAGACUUAGGCUUUGGUGCUAAACUGAUAGAAGACAAUGCAGUAACACACGGGAAACUGGACCUCACUAUAACAGGGAUGACAUGUGCAUCAUGCGUCCACAACAUUGAGUCCAAGCUCACCACAACCAAAGGGAUCCUUGGGGCCUCGGUCGCCCUUGCAACCAAAAAAGCACAGGUCCAGUUUGAUCCAGAAGUGAUCGGAGCUCGGGAUAUUAUCAAGAUCAUUGAGAGCCUUGGUUUCGAGGCCAGUCUGGUGAAGGCGGGCUUCAAAAACAACCUUGAUCACACGGAAGAGAUUCAACAGUGGAAGAACUCCUUCCUGCUCAGCCUUGUUUUCGGCCUGCCUGUCAUGGGCCUCAUGAUCUACAUGAUGGUGAUGGACAGUCAGCACCAGGACCAUGGGGGCUCCAUGCCCGAAGAGCAGAACCUGCUUCCCGGCCUCUCGCUCCUUAAUCUGGCCUUCUUCCUGCUCUGUACACCUGUGCAGAUCUUUGGAGGUCGAUACUUCUACAUCCAGGCGUACCGCUCGUUAAAACACCGCACGGCCAACAUGGACGUGCUGAUUGUGUUAGCCACCUCUAUUGCCUACAUCUACUCCUGCGUGGUCCUCGUUGUCGCCAUGGCUGAGCGAGCCAGCCAGAGCCCCAUCACCUUUUUCGACACUCCGCCUAUGCUCUUUGUGUUCAUCGCUCUGGGUCGAUGGUUGGAGCACGUUGCAAAGAGUAAAACCUCAGAAGCUUUGGCCAAACUAAUGUCACUUCAAGCCACUGACGCCACUGUGGUCACUCUGGGACCUGACCACUCCAUCAUCAGUGAGGAGCAGGUGGUGGUCGAGCUGGUCCAGCGGGGCGACAUUGUGAAAGUCAUCCCAGGAGGAAAGUUUCCAGUUGAUGGGAAAGUGAUUGAAGGGAGCUCCAUGGCCGAUGAGUCCUUGAUCACAGGUGAGCCAAUGCCGGUCAGUAAGAAGGUUGGCAGUUUGGUGAUCGCGGGCUCCAUCAACGCUCACGGCGCUCUUCUGGUGGAGGCCACUCACGUCGGCGCUGACACGACUCUGUCGCAAAUCGUUAAACUGGUGGAAGAGGCCCAAACGUCGAAGGCUCCCAUCCAGCAGUUUGCAGACAGACUCAGCGGCUACUUUGUGCCAUUCAUCGUGAUCGUUUCAGUGCUAACACUGGUGGCCUGGCUUGCAAUCGGGUUUGUCAACUUCGACAUCGUGAAGGAUAACUUCCCGGGUUACAACCAGAACAUCUCCAACGCCGAGGUCAUCGUCCGAUUUGCCUUCCAGGCGUCCAUCACAGUUCUGUCCAUCGCCUGCCCCUGCUCUCUGGGGCUGGCAACCCCGACAGCGGUGAUGGUUGGCACAGGGGUUGGAGCUCAGAACGGGAUCCUGAUUAAAGGAGGCGAGCCGCUGGAGAUGGCCCAUAAGAUCCGUGUAGUGAUGUUUGAUAAGACCGGCACGAUAACAAACGGCGUGCCGCGGGUCACUCGUGUGCUGGUGCUGUGGGAAAUGGCCCGUAUGCCCCUGAGGAAGAUCCUGGCUGUGGUCGGCACAGCGGAGGCCAACAGCGAGCAUCCUCUGGGCAUGGCGGUCGCCAAACACUGCAAAGAGGAGCUGGGCUCUGCCAUCUUGGGCUACUGCCAGGACUUCCAGGCGGUGCCCGGCUGUGGGAUCAGCUGCCGGGUUUCCAACGUGGAACAUCUGCUGGAGCAGCAGAGCGAGGAGCGCUUCCUGCUGCCGGGAGCCACCACAGAUGAAAGCAGCCUCCUCUCUUCUGGCGACGCCUCGUCUGCAGACGAGCCUUUGUCGUACUCUGUCCUGAUCGGGAACAGGGAGUGGAUGAGGAGGAACGGCCACCACAUCGAAGCCGACGUCGACGCCGCCAUGUCCAGCCACGAGACCAAAGGGCAGACCGCCAUCCUGGUCGCUAUAGACGGCAUGCUGUGUGCCAUGUUAGCCAUCGCUGACACGGUGAAGGCAGAGUCGGCAUUAGCGGUGCAUACGCUCAACAGCAGGGGCGUCGAGGUGGUUAUGAUAACAGGAGAUAACAGACGGACAGCGAAAGCCAUCGCUGCACAGGUGGGCAUCAGGAAGGUGUUUGCGGAGGUGCUGCCGUCGCAUAAAGUGGCCAAAGUCCAAGAGCUGCAGGAAAAAGGCCUGCGUGUCGCCAUGGUGGGAGACGGCGUCAACGACUCACCCGCCCUCGCCCGGGCUGACGUCGGCAUCGCCAUCGGCACGGGCACCGACGUUGCUAUCGAGGCGGCCGACAUCGUUCUGAUCCGGAACGACCUGCUAGACGUAGUGGCCAGUAUCGAGCUGUCACAGAAGACGGUGAGGAGGAUCAGGAUCAACUUUGUCUUCGCACUCAUCUACAACCUCCUGGGGAUACCGAUUGCUGCAGGUGUGUUCAUGCCCGCCGGCCUCGUCCUUCAACCCUGGAUGGGCUCUGCUGCGAUGGCUGCCUCGUCUGUUUCGGUGGUUCUGUCGUCUUUACUGCUGAGAAUGUUCAAGAAAACCUCGAUGGAGCUGCAUGAGGCUCGCGCGCAGGGCCAAAUGAGGAGUGUCCGCUCGUCGCAGAUCAGCACACAUCUGGGUCUGGACGCCCAGCGGCGGAGCCCCGCUCUCUCCGUCAGAGCUCGGGAACAGCUAAGCCAAAGCGUCGCCGUCCCACCGCCCCUCUCCAGCCAGGGACCGUCCAUUAACUCUGUCCAGGAGAAGCAGGACCGCUGCUCCCUCUUGGACUACCAGACUGCAGGGGACCUCAAUGUGUAGUAAAGGGAAGAAAGACUCUAUGUAUUUAUGUAAAUAGAUUAAAAGUGCUUUUAUUUUGGCGUGACACAUGUAGGUAAAAGUCUAAAAAUCAAGCUGCUAAUGCACCAAAGUGAAGAUAAUCUUCAAAACAAGUCACUGCUGUACAAAUGUACUUUUCCAAUAUACACAAAGUAAAGCUGUGUGUUGUGUGAGA